GAGGACCACCAGUCCAUUGGAUCUCUUACGCUAACAGCACUCUUCAGUACAGUCUGCGAUGAACUUUCCAUUUUAAUCGUUGGAAGAAACACAUAGUUCAGGAUGACGGUGGAUUUUGAAGACUGCAUCAAAGAUUCGCCUCGAUUUCGGGCAAAUAUUGAUGAAGUCGAGACAGAAGUGGUGGAGAUUGAAGCCAAGCUUGAUAAGCUGGUAAAGCUGUGUGGUGGUAUGAUCGAGGCUGGGAAAGCAUAUGUCACCGCCAAUAAGCUCUUCAUCAACGGCAUCCGUGACUUAUCCCAGCAAUGCAAGAAGGACCAGAAGAUAUCGGAAUGUCUGGAAAAGUGUGGCGAGAGUUUGCAGGAAAUUGUCAGCUACCACAUGAUCCUUUUUGAUCAAGCUCAGAGAUCUGUGAAGCAGCAGUUGCACAACUUUGUAAAAGAUGAUGUGCGUAAAUUCAAGGACACCACAAAGCUCUUUGAUAAGGUGAGGGAGGAUCUAGAGAUUGCACAGGUGAAGAACGCCCAGGCACCCAGAAACAAACCCCACGAGGUGGAGGAGGCCACCAGCACCCUCAACUUCACCCGCAAGUGCUUCAGACAUCUCGCUCUGGACUAUGUGCUACAGAUCAAUGUCCUUCAAGCCAAAAAGAAAUUUGAGAUCUUAGAUGCAAUGUUGUCGUUUAUGCAUGCGCAGUACUCCCUCUAUCAGCAAGGCUAUAACCUUCUGGAUGAGAUUGACCCUUAUAUGAAGAAACUAGCUGCUGAGCUGGAUCAGCUGGUAAUUGACUCCGCAAUGGAGAAGAGAGAAAUGGAGCAUAAGCAUGCCACGAUACAGCAGCGGACACUGCUGCAGGACUUUGUGUAUGAUGACCCAAAGUUGGAGUUCAAUGUCGAUGCACCCAACGGAUUGGUGAUGGAGGGUUAUCUGUUCAAAAGGGCCAGCAAUGCCUUCAAAACAUGGAACAGGCGGUGGUUUUCCAUCCAAAACAGCCAGUUGGUUUAUCAGAAGAAAUUGAAGGAUUCCCUCACAGUAGUAGUGGAGGACUUGAGACUGUGUUCUGUUAAACCUUGUGAGGACAUCGAGAGGAGGUUCUGUUUUGAAGUGUUGUCCCCCACCAAGAGCUGUAUGCUACAGGCAGAGUCAGAGAAACUUCGGCAGGCCUGGAUUCAGGCAGUCCAAGCAAGCAUCGCGUCAGCCUACAGAGAGAGUCCAGACAAUUAUUAUAUUGAGCCGUUGGACCGGACCGCCUCCCCAUCCAUCAGCAGUAUAGAUUCAGCGAAUGAGCCCAGAGAGCGCAGUGUGAGGGGAGAGAGCAUUCUGCAGCGUAUCCUGUGUCUGCCUGGAAACCAGCAUUGCUGUGACUGUGGGCAGGCUGACCCCCGCUGGGCGAGCAUCAACCUGGGCGUGCUGCUCUGCAUAGAGUGCUCCGGCAUUCACAGGAGUUUGGGGGUCCACUGUUCAAAAGUUCGUUCACUCACCCUGGACUCAUGGGAACCAGAGUUACUCAAGUUGAUGUGUGAACUAGGCAACAGUAUCAUCAACCACAUCUAUGAAGGCUGCUGUGAAGAACAGGGCAUGAAGAAACCAGGACCCAACAGUUCCAGGCAAGAAAAGGAGGCCUGGAUUAAAGCAAAGUAUGUGGAGAAAAAGUUCCUGAGGAAGAUGAUUACUGGUGAAGUUCUUGUUAACGGUGGGAGGAAAUCGGAGCGCAGGUGGAACCCAAGGAAAUGCAGGAGGCACAACAGUGCCACUACUGUUCCAAAAACACACCGCAAAUACAGAAAGGAUCCAGGCAGUGCAUCAGCUGCGACACUCUCAUCAGCGACUGCACUGGAGAGAAAGUUUUGGCGAGAGUCUCUGUUCUGUCCUGAUGAGCUGGACUCCCUCUUUUCCUACUUUGACACCGGUUCAGGGCCUCGCAGUCCUGCAGGUCUGAGCAGUGACAGUGGGUUAGGUGGCAGUACUGACGGUAGCACUGACGUCUUGGUAUUUGAGUCUGUGGUGGACAGUGUAACAGAAGAGUGUGAGGUGUCUGAGGACUCAAGUAAUGAAGCUGAACUGGAGCCUGAAGCAUCAGAUCCAGAGGAUAUGAGAGAACUGGAUCCUGGAGCGUUACUUUCUAAGGCCUGUCAGGCUCGAAAUCUGCCCGUGAUGGCUGAAGCACUGGCACACGGAGCGGAUGUCAACUCCAUCAAUGAAGAAGAUGAGGGGAAGAGCCCACUCAUGCAGGCUGUGAUUGGGGGUUCUUUAAUAGCCUGUGAGUUUCUGCUUCAAAAUGGUGCAGAUGUCAACCAAAGAGAUCACAGAGGAAGAGGCCCGCUGCAUCAUGCCACAUAUUUAGGUCAAACUGGUCAAGUGUGUUUGUUCCUGAAACGAGGAGCGACCCAGAAUGAUGGUGAUGAGGACGGGCAGGACCCUCUGAGCAUAGCCGUCCAAGCCGCUAAUGCAGACAUAGUUACUCUGUUGCGUCUGGCACGGAUGAACGAGGAGAUGCGCGAGUCGGAGGGUCCCUUCGGUCAGCCAGGUGACACCACAUACCUGGACAUUUUCCGUGAGUUUUCUCAUAUGGCAUCACACAAUCCCGAGAAACUGAAACGGAGGAGUAUUCAUUUCCGUCACUCUUUCAGAGUUUGACUGAUGAACCGAGCAAGAGUAGAAGACACUUUGAGUAGCUGGAAAUGAGUGUAAAGGAUUUAAGACAAUACUUGUGGUUUCACGUUGAAUGUUUGUAAUGAUUUUACACAUACUUUUGUAUGACUUUAUGGGGGUCAGCUGGACUUAUCCCCCAAUUUUUGGUUUUGUUUUUGUUUCCUUUAGGCAUUCUCUUCCUUCUUUUUCAACCUUAGCUGUAGACAGUAAUAAGCACUUAACAAAGCAGUAAAUGGGCUCAUAUCAAAACUUUUACUAUAUAUGAUUUCAUCUGUGUUAAAAACAGACUGCAUUUAUUUAAAAAGUCAUGCAUGAAUUUUAUGCCAUUUUUCAUUUCAUCACAAUACAAGCAAUAUAUCAACUAUCCUAUAUUGCAAAGCAUAAACAGCCCUGAUUGUUUUACUGUCUUACAUUUACAAGCAGUUGGACUAGUGGGAACGUUUUUCCAAACUUUGUAUUUCCAAACUUUUUAGAAAUCAUUUAAUCACUUUAUAAUUUUGCUUUAGUGAUAAAUGUACUGUUCUGUAUUGACUAUGCUGGUGUAGUCUAUAUUGGUUUUGAUAUUGUAUCAGUUAUAAAUCAUUGCAAAUUGAAAUGCAGAUAUUAUAUACUGUCUUUUUAGAUGCAAAUUGAUAAUAUAUCAUAAAAUAAUGGUAUUUUGUAACAAUGCAAAAUGAUGUUGUGUGAGCCUGAGUAAGCGUGAGAAUACACUAUCUUAUAAAAAUGUAUUUUUUAAUAUGCUAGAUAAUAGACAAUUGUAAUAAAGAAAUGU